AUGAGAUAUGCGAACACGACGUUACCACCUUGGUUUGACUACCUCGAACUUGCCGUUAGUUACUCAUGUAUGACUUUUAUGGCAAUCACACUACCGUUAUACGUAGCGGUUGUAUCAAUAAUGAUAAUGCUGAGAAAAACUGCUUACAAAGGAAUGUUUUUUCGUAUAUUUAUUGUCGGAGCUAUUAUCGAUAUAGUUGCAAUACUAAAUACUUACAUUGGCGCUAUUUUUCCAUCCAGGAGCUGGUUCCUCGACUUCUAUAUUUCUAGCGGCACUACCGUUGGUCAUGUUUAUCUUGUUAUUGCUUGGACAACUCGUUGUAGUCAAGGAUGUACAGUGACGUUAUUGGCUUUGAAUAGAGCGACGGCAGUAUGUAGUCCUCUAAGGCAUAAAAGGAUAUGGAAUUCCCCAUGGGCGAACCUGAUAUUCUUGUUUCAAUUCAGUCUCUCGUUCACUAUCGGAUCGAUUUUGAUUCCACAAAAAGUAGUAUGGAAGAAGCAAGCGCAUGGAUUAUACAUCCAAUUUGAAGAUUUCAACUUCCGUGCUCGAUAUUUCAUUUUUGCGUAUGCUCUGGAGACCUUUUUUGUUGCUUCCAUUAUAAUUAUCAAUAUAACAAUGAUGAUACACCUAAAAAGGAAAUACAGACUGCGAAAAUCUGCAUCAUACUGUGCUCCACUAAACCAGAAAGUCCUCUCCGAGAAACAACGCCAGGAGAACAAUUUGACAAUCGUAUCAGUGUUCACAUGUGUUUUUGAAAUUAUUUAUUAUCUCUACGUAAUUUAUGCAUUUGUCAUUCAACUUCAUAUGAAUACAAGGCUCUUCUACUUGUUGUAUCACGUCUUCAACGACAUCUACAUUGGUGCUUCAGCAUGGCUGAUACUUUCAUGUUCCGCGACAUUACGACGGCAUCUUCGAAAUCAACUGAGGUGUAUUCCUUUAACCAGGAUUCAACAACACUCAGCUAUCGAUUUUCCAAUGUCAUCAUUUUCACAUCUUACAUCUCGCAAGAAUCCUGAACAAUCAUCAUUAAUGAAAGUUUAA